AUGUUCCAAUGCGUCACCGCUGUCACAGACAAGUUCAGCCUACUUGCUGGGCAGCAGACGUACCAGUUUUUGAUGGUUGGCCUAGAAGGGGCCGGGAAGACGACGUUCCUUUACAAGCUGAGGAUCAACGGCUACAAAAAGGAAGAUGUCAAGAAGGACAUGAAGUUCCUAAAGAAAGACAAGAAAGACCCCGGCUACCAUUUCGAGGAGUUCAGCAGCCCAUCCAUCGGGCAGUAUGGGAUCUGGGAAGUUCCGGGCGAUGAUGUCAUGAGACCCAUGUGGCCCAUGUUUUACCGGUAUCUCCACAUCCAUUGCGUGAUCUUCGUGGUCGAUGCUUUCUCUCCAGACUGCUGCGAUCUGACCAAGGAGAACUUCCACAAGCUGACCAAGGCCCGGGAUGCCCUGUUCCAGCUCCUCAAUGAGGACGAGCUUCGUGUCUCGGUGUUCUUUCUCGUCUUGAACGUGGACCGGAACACGGAAGAUGCCGCGCGCAAGGAGGACGAGGAGCAGAACGACAACGCCCUCUUUGAGAUGCUGGGCGUGCCUGAGAUUGAGCAGAUGGCGCACUUGAAGACGCGCUUCCGGAAGGUUGUCAUGAACUGCUCCAACAUCUCCCGGAAAGACUCCAACUGGGAGAGCAUGCUGAAGGAGUUCCGGAAGAUACAAGUGCAAAUUCAGGGAGAGAUCUAG